UUUAUGUAUGUGUUGUAUGUAUUGUGUUUGCGGUUGAAAUGCAUACAAUUUUGGAGAAAGUAAAAGAGAUCCCUGGAUAUCACACUACAUUGCAGUGGUUGCUUACCCAGACAAAAAAAUAUAAUGGCUGCAUAAAACUGGUCAUACCUCAAAACAUACAUACGCCUUGUGUAGCAGUAUAUGUACAUUAAUUGAUUCGAACUUGAAAAGAGAAGUUACCCUGAACAUAAGUAUCCUUGUUUUGCAUUUUCAUUAACUAAAAUUACGUAAUAUGUGUCAAUUAAACUGGACAAAGUCCCACGGCAAUCCUCUGCCGCAAAUGACUUGCGAAAUUGUCCUGAACGAAGAUUCGUCGUAUUCUGCCGGAGACUUAGUAUCCGGCGAAGUGAUCUUCAACGCCUCAAAAUCUUUCUACACGUGGGCUGUACGAGUCGCAUUGGAGGGAUGCGCCGUUGUAAAGCUUGGUCAAGGGCCAGCGCAAAUGAAAUCUGAAACAUUUAUGGAUGUUGGAGAAAACAUAUUUGGCAAAGGUGAAAAGAUAGCAUUCCCCGCAGGCGAGAAGAAAUUCAAGUUUUCUUUAAAUUUGUCCCCAUUAAAUGGCGAGUUACCGGGUACCAUGAAAAAUUCGUACGGAUUUAUUUUGUACCAAGUCAUUAUUUACAUGAAACAAGAGCUAAGAACUUUCAAACAAGCGGAGAAAGUUAUUACAGUUGGGAGCUUUUACAGCUUGAGCCACCAGGGGAAAGGAAUCUUCGCCCCAGUGGUUUGCGAAAAUUUGGGGAAAUCGCCUUCGAUGCUGCAGUUCUUAGGAAUUGGCAGUAGCAAAGGAUCUUCUGAUCGGCUUGGUGUCACAUUUCGCAUGAAUCGCUCAGGAUACGUUCGGGGAGAAGAAAUUCCAUUCCAACUCGACUUCAAGAAUGGGAGCAACCAGCUAAUAUCCUCAGCCCUGGUAUGUCUUCUGCAAAAGACAGUCUACAGUGUCGGAACUACACAAAAGGUUUUACUUGUUGAGCUGCACCGAGUGGAGAGGAAAGAAAUUAGUGGUGAUGAAACCAAGUGGAUUCAAAAAUUGGUUUGUCCUGAGGAAAAUGUGUGUCCCAGCCAAAGUGGAAUUAUUGAUGUAUCUUACAGUGUCACGAUCAACGUAAGUGUGGCAGGAAAAGAGGAACCAUACAUUCUUGAAACACCAAUCAAAAUUGGCACGAUUAAAUAGAUACACAUUAUUUUUCGUAUAAUAACUUUCACAUGCACCAAAUUCACUCCAUUGCUUUCUGUAUAAAACUAUGUAUAUGUAUAAACUAUUUGCAAGCCAGUUAAACCAAGAAAAACAUGACAUAACUACUUUAAAGUUUGUAAUUUUUCUCCUGUCUUGACCCCAUUAUCUUUCGAACAAUAGUUUCGCAAUUUGCCACUAAGAAAACUAAAUAACUUAAUAUACAUGCAUAUGAUAAUAAUAAUAAUGAUACGUAAUAUUAAUGACGUAUGUAGCUUAAUUCAAACAUUCACGCUUAGCUUGAUUUUUACCUUUAACUUUCGCUUUACUAAAUCAUGUCAUUUUAUAAAUACAUUGUAUGUACAAAUUAUGUAAAUAUGAAUAUGUAUGAAAGCAUUCCUAUUCACUUUUCAACGUCAUAUUAGAAGAAACUCCCUUAAUUUCCGUCUCAAGCAAAUUAUCCUUAUUCUGCAGAGUAGCUUUGCUUCCUACGAAAAUAUAAAUAAAUUACUUUCACGCUAAUAUUUA